GCUUUUGGAAUCAAUAGAAAAUGGCAUUUUUUUACUAUUUUUUAGUUCUGGCUGUGGAUGUGUUCUGUGUCUUUGCCCGGAUGUCUACGAAAUGCCUUGUGCUGGAGGAGGCCUCACCAUAUCCACUUUUCUCCAUCCAAGAAGGACUGUGCCCACGUAGUCAUCUUACAGCUGCCUGUCUGAAUGUUUCUGACUUGGCAUUGGAACUUUCCACAGUCCCAAGAGCCAUCAACGUUCUAUGUGUGUGGGUAGGUCAUGGAUCAACACUUCAGCCUAAUGUUCUCACCAAAUUUCAAAGUCUCAGGAGCAUGUAUAUCUACGGCUGUCUGUCUGCAAUCCUCCCAGAAACCUUCAGGGGACUCUCCAACCUACACCUGCUCUCCAUGGCUUGCCCAGAACGCUGCAAUGCAUCGGUCCCAUCUAAAGUAUUUAAUGAUCUGCACAUUCUGGAGGAACUGAAACUUCAAAACUACACUCUAUCGGAAAUGGCAGAAGAUGUUUUUGAUGGACUGAGUCACAUGAAAAGGCUUGAUGUUAAGGGCAAUGACGACUUCUCAGAGCUUCUUUGUAAACUGUCAUAUUUUUCAGCCUCCCUGGAAUAUUUAAGUAUCGAAAUAGAUGCAGAGAGUCUAACGAGUCCAAAUUGCACAUAUGGCCCGAGUAAGUUUCUUUCUCUGAGGGAUGUCAGGUUUUCAUUUCCUCAUAUCAAGAAAAUAGAAAGAAAUGCUUUUAGAUACUUCGACCAGAUAUCAUUUCUAAACAUGCCAAUGAAUGAUGUGCUCCAGACUCAACUCCUACACUCUGGGAUCCAACAACUUGAUCAGAUGCAGUUCAGUCUGAAGGAAAUAAACAUCAAAUCUAUGUGUGAAAUUGUAUUUGCCUUCUCUGUCACUCAUAUCAGUUUGCAUUUCGAUACGUCACAAGAGUACUCUGAGUCAUUAUGGGAGAAAUGUUACAAGCUGGAAGAAAUCACACUUGAAGCGGGGAAUUUAACCAACAUUGAUCUCAGCUUCAUAUCUACCUUAAAAAAUGUCAGGAUCUUUAGCUGUAAAACAAAUGGUCAGGCCAACAAUCGUAAAGAAGACAGAUCUCUGGUUUCUCUCUGUAAAACUCAUGUUUUUCUGUCAUCGCUGAGGGAUUUCCGUUACAGUACUGGACAGGACCUGACACUAAGAACCAACCAGUUUGUGUGCCUAAGUCACCUAGAAAACCUGGAUCUGUCAGGGAAGUAUAUGCAACUUGAAGACUUUGCAUUUGAGGGGCUUUAUAAUAUGCGAUACCUUUGGCUACAGGCCGAUAUCCUCCCUGAGAUGAAAGCACGGUACCUCGCAUCUAGACAAGGCCUGAGAAAUCUAACUGACCUGCACUUAAAUAUUGAUGGUAAUUUAACAAUUGAAGAUUUUGCUUUUAAGGGACUGACUUGGCUGCAUACUCUACAGGUUCAAGCACAUUUGUUUGUUAUAAAACCUGAAUUAUUUUCAGGUCUUGUAAAUGUGGAAAGAUUAUACCUCUUAAGUUGCUAUAUUCAAACCAUCGAAGACUUUACUUUUACAAACCUAAGCCAGUUGAGGCACAUGGAGCUUGGAGGGAAUAUGAUUUCUGCAAUAACAACAAACACCUUUUUUGGACUUCAGAACCUGGAGAGCUUGAUAAUUGAAAAUAAUCCACUGAGGCACUUUGAAGCAUCUUCCUUCGCUCAUUUCCCCUCCCUCAGGGUUCUCCAUCUUGGAAAUCUGAUGUUUUCCAACUCUGAGCACUCUGGCAUGCAGGUCCUCAACCUGAGUCUCAUCUUUGGGGGCUUCCCUCACCAGCUGUCUAACCUCACCAUCACGUCUGCUGUGCGCCCCAUGACUCUGGUCAUCGCUGAUGACAGCGCGCCAGACGAGGGUCUGAGUCUCUCCCUCUCGGGCCAGAAGAUUGUUUUAUGGGGUUGUGAAAAACGUUUUCUAAAAUCUGUUACCGAACUCGACGUUACAGCUGAGUUCUUCCUUUGUGCACCUGAUUAUACUGUUGCUAUCAGUCACUUCACGUCUGUGGUCUUUUUAUCAUUUGGUCAGUGGCAUGUGAGCACCGUCCAAAACUUCUCUGGUCUGAACAGAUUGGUGCACUUAAGGCGUCUAGACCUCGAACAAGUCAACUUUGUCGAUCAGCCAGAGAUGAGUCUCAUGUUUCACAACUUGACCCAAUUAGAGAGCUUAAGUCUGACUCAUUGCUGGUUGGAUUCUUUGGAGGGAGACCUCAGUCUGGAUAUGACCUCUCUGAAGUAUUUCUCCCUAGUUCAAAAAACAGAGAUCAGUUUGACCACAGAUUUCUUUGAGCAUCUGGUCAGCCUGAAGUUUGCUUUCAUCUUUAACACACAACUCCGCUGCACCUGUGACGAUGCCUGGUUCCUCCGCUGGGCAAGGAAUCAGCAACAAGCAGAAGUGUUUAUGUUCUCCUAUGAAAAUGAACCACUGAGCUGCAUAUCAGAGGGUGGGCUUCAGGACCUGGACAGCUAUGACCAGGCCCACUGCAGUCUGGAUGUGGGGUUUGUGUUCUUUAUCAGCACAUCAUGCUUCCUCCUGCUGUUUAUGUUAGUUGUGCUGCUGCAUCAGCUGGCCAGAGACUACCUGCUGGCCUUGUACUACAUCACUCACGGCUGGUUGAAUGAGGCACUACGUCACCAGAACACCAGAGGGCGCUACCUGUAUGAUGCCUUUGUGUCUUACAGUGGCAGAGAUGAACGCUGGGUGAUGGAGGAACUCCUGCCCAACCUGGAGCAGAGAGGGCCCCCAUUCCUGCGCCUUUGCCUGCACAGCAGGGACUUCCAGCUGGGAAAGGAUAUUGUGGAGAAUAUCACCGACAGUCUCUACAGAAGCCGCCGCACCCUCUGCCUGGUCAGCCGCCACUUCCUGCGGAGCAACUGGUGCUCCCUGGAGAUGCGACUAGGCACCUACAGGCUGCAGGUGGAGCACAGGGAUGUGCUCAUCCUGGUGUUUCUGGAGAAGAUCCCUUCUAACCUGCUCUCUGCCCACCACAGGCUGGCCCGACUGGUCAAGACCAGGACUUACAUAGACUGGCCUCAACACCCGGCCCAGCAGGAGGCCUUCUGGGACAGACUGUGGAACAAACUAGUGACAGACAAGGUGUUAUGAGUUGCCAUGCACCAUUCUUUGUAAUCCUUAACUGUACUUUUUCAAUACAGCCUGGAUGAAACAUAAAGUAGAGCACAAAUGUAAAAAUUGUUUUCUGAUAUAGAUAUCACAUCAUUUUGAAGAAAUUGUUAGGAUAAACAACCACUUUUGAUGGAUAAAUUACGAGAGAUCUCUGAUUGUUAAUGUUGCUCAUGUGUCCAAAUAUUAUUUUAUGAACCACAAGAUGCAUUAAGUUUGAACGGAUCGUUUUGAAAUAGAUCCAGAGAGUGGAUGUGGCCUGGGUCAGUUCUAAAAUGGUGUUUGAAGUUAAAUCUGCGAAGACUCAACUGAUUAUUCUUCAGAGUUGUGUGGCAGAGCUGUAAAUGUGUGUGUACACUUGGUUGUGAAUCAGAUUUCAAUGUAUUCUGGAGUAAGUACAACCUGUACAAUUUGUCACAUGAAAUAUGUUCAUAGUGUAUUAUAAUGUUCACAGGAGGCCCCUUAUAGCAACAUUUUGUAGUUUUUACUGUGUUUCUUUAGGUAUGUUUUGUUAGGUAGCUAAUUUGUAUAACAGCCUCAAAUAAAUGUUGAUAAUACAAUGUCAUGUGAAGGGGAAAUAAACACACUUGUUGUUUCCAGUAA